AUGAUGACACGAUCUCAGAGCAUUAGCAAGUCCGUUGUCUUGGCUUUGAUAUCCACCGCCCUCACCCAGGCAAGCUCGGUUAUUGAAAGGUCUAGCUUCGGAAAUGGACGACGAGCCUCUCACGGUGCUGGUGGCAUGCCAGGAUGGACUCUAUCUGAUCGAAUUAUCCUGACUCCUCCGUACCCCGGUAACAAAAGAGGCGCACUAUGGGCUGAAGACAUAAUACAUGACCUUGAAUGGAAUGUAGCCUUCGAUUUCAGGGCAAAUGGCGAGGAAAGAAGCGGCGGCAAUAUUCAGAUUUGGUACGUUAAGCAACCGGCAUCUGUUGGAACAUCGAGCAUAUAUACCGUUGGAAAAUUUGAUGGUUUAGCCAUCACAAUCGACACACACGGAGGCAGGCCUGGAAUUCGAGGCUUUUUGAAUGAUGGAACCAUAGACUACAAGGCUAAUAAUGUUGACGCUCUCGCAUUUGGGCAUUGUGAUUAUCACUACCGCAACCUGGGACGGCCAUCAAAGCUCCAAAUAAAACAAUCAACGCGAGAAUUUGAGGUUUUGAUAGAUGGACAUACUUGCUUCAAAACACCAAAGAGUAGGGAUAUUCAUAUUAACCUAUUGUCACCAAAGGCUUUCAUCCCUCCAGGGAACGUGUUUGGUAUCACAGCUGCAUCGGCAGAGAGCCCUGACUCCUUCGAGGCUUUCCGCUUUGUAGCUACCACUUCUUCCAGCGGUAAUAGCAAGCAAAACGAAAGAGGCCGUGAACCUCAACAUAGGCCGGCUCAGGCCAACAACGACAAACCCCUUAGUGGUGGCAACAUCGAUUCUCAGGUCAAGGAUCUUCAGAACCGACUCCAGAUGAUUUCCAGUACAACAAACAAGUUAAUGGAAGAGUUGCACGCUCUGUCAGCCACCAGUGAGGAUCGGAUGAAGGAGAUCAUCCGCAUAAUUGCCCACCGCGACCAAGUGAGCAGUGUAGACCAGAGGCUUCAAAGAGUAGAACGAAUGGUCGAGUCGAUGCAGAGAGAAAUAGAGGGCAAGGAUUAUCAACAUCAUUUCAAGCAACUGCAGGAUUUGCUCCAUAAUUCCCAUUCUGGUCUACUAGAUACUCUCCACGAUUCAUCACACCGCAUUAUCUCCUCGGCACCACGCAUGGGCUUCUUCAUUUUCCUUAUGGUUGCCGUCCAGCUACUACUCGCAGUUGCCUAUGUCGUCUACAAAAAACGCAGAGCAGGCAUGCCGAAGAAGUUUCUAUAG